AUGACUCGCGAGGACAAUGCAAAUCCCUGGGAGCGGUGUCCUCAUUGCCAGGAGAUAUUUGGCCAGGUAUACAAUAAGCGAGUUAAGCUGUCAAAUGUCGCAGCAUCCACAUGUGUAAGGUGCUGGGCAGUACGGGAAAUUCUCUCGUGCGUAACGGACAUUGCAAACCCCGGGACGGAACUGGUUGGUAGUAUCUGGCAUGAUAACACGUUGGAGAUUGGCAUAAUUACGCCGGAUGACAGCUUUGAAACGGCACCAGGCUAUAAAAUAUACAUCAUUCCUGGUAGGUCACAUUCUGCAGAGCAUGCUCGGUCCGAUCCCAGGCUGGGAAUUCCCAUUACCUACACGCCUACGCACAAGAACUACCGCCCAAUCAAAAGAUCCGAUGCGGAACGCAUUUCUGUGGCCAAGAACUGGCUUGUAGAUUGUGUCGCUUCACACGAGGCAUGCAAUGCAGAGCCUCAAGAAUAUGAAUGGCCUAGACGCGUUCUUGAUAUCUCACACGACGAAAUGAUACAACUAGUCAACAUCGAAUACCCUCCCCCUGGGGCAACAUAUGUCGCUCUCAGCUAUUGUUGGGGGCGGAGAGGCGGCAACUUAUGCACAUAUGGAAGCAAUUUGGCCCAGCACAUGAAGGGCAUCCCGUUGAAUUCGCUUCCUCAAACUAUCUUGGACAUCGUUUCCACCUGCAAGCAGCUCGGGCAGCAGUAUCUAUGGGUUGAUGCCUUGUGCAUCAUCCAGGACGAUCCAGCCGACAAGAUGGCUCAGAUACCGCGGAUGGCAGACAUAUACUCUGGCGCACUCCUCGUUAUGUCUGCAGCAGGCACUGCUGAUGUUCUAGAAGGCUGUCCACUCGGGCCGCCCGAGCUACAACCUGUCCCGCCAAAGAUGAUCGAGCUGGAGUAUCCCCUGCACAUAGAAACCUCCGAGGAGAAAAAACCCGGCAAGGUAAUGGUAGUCGUGGAGCGAAUGGAGCAUGAACAUUGUCGCCGUCUGCCAGGCCACUGGGCACUUGAGACAUUCGACCAAGACAGCGUGGAUCUCCUAAACACUAUUGAAGACCGCGCUUGGACGUUCCAGGAGCGCUUUCUGGCCAAGAGAACCCUAUAUAUCGGCAAAGGCGAGCUAUCCUGGGUGUGCGCCAGCGCCGUCCAUUGCGAAUGCAAGAAGAAUGGCCCAGUUGUGAAGACCGAGGCCGGAGAACCCGUGUUCAAUCACCGGUACAGCAUCGGCCAUGUCUCUAUCAAUAGACUGUUUUCCGAUUCAAACAAGGAUAUAGACAAGACCUACUCGUAUCUGUGGACCGAGAUCGUCACGACGUACUCUGCCCGGUUGAUAACACAGUUCACAGACCGUGUCGCUGCGCUUGAGGGUCUGUCAGUGGCGUUUAGCAGGAGAUGGCCUGCCAUUUAUGCAGCGAAAGACUAUGCGUUUGGGUGCUGGGAACCACUUCUGCGGGACCUUCUUGUCUGGCAUGCCUCCGGUGAGCCAGUUUCCGAGCACGUACAAAGAGGUCUCUUCCCAUCAUGGGCAUGGCCGUCCUGUGGGAGGGCUGUAAACUUCACGAGCUGGGUGUGGUAUGGCGUGGACCCAAAGUCGUGGGUCGAAGUGCUCCAACUCGAGCGAGGCCAGCCGGUUGACGGCGCAUUUGGCAGCGGAAAUGGAACGCUGACGAUCCGGGCUCCUUUGAUUGCCUGCACAGGAGAAGCAGUCACAUUCGGCGAUGGCAGCACAGAGGAUGUUAUCUUUACGGCCGUGGAUGCUAAGCUGCCUUUCUUGCAUGGGUCUCCGUCCCUUGACGAUCCGAGUCAAGAAGAGGAGUGGAAGACAGUGACACACAUGAUUCUGCUGGCGAGUUACCCUUUCAACCCUCAAGGCUCGUCGCGCCCAUUAUCUUUUGCUCUCCUCUGCGUCGCACCUGUUCCAGGCAGAGACGAGUUUCGUCGCAUUGGUAUGAUGACAACUGUGCGACCAAAGAGAACUUUUGAGGCCACUAAGUUUGAAGAGCUUUUAUCGCCUCAUACAUCUUAUAUUAAACUUGUAUGA